GAUGGGGUGGUGUGAAGAGUGGAAGCCAAUUUUUGCAAUGCUGGCUGUCAAUGUCGCGCUUGCUGCCAUGAACACCAUGAUCAAGAGUGUCAUUGAUGAGGGGAUGAACAGGCUUGUCCUCAUCACUCUUCGUCAAUUGGUUGCGACGUUGUUCAUGGCUCCGAUCGCCUAUUUUGGAGAAAGGAAGACCAGACCAAAGUUGACAGUUGAAAUCUUUGUGUAUCUUUUCUUCAGUGCGAUGUUCGGGGCUUCUCUCACGCAGUAUCUAUUCUUCUUAGGUUUGAAAUAUACUACAGCAACAUUCGCAUGUGCUUUUCUUAACAUGGCUCCUGUGCUGACAUUCUUGCUAGCCCUGCCCUUCCGUUUGGAGACACUAAAUUUGAAGACCAAAGCAGGGAUUGCAAAGUUGCUUGGGGCAAUCAUAUGUCUUACUGGAGCAAUGGUCCUCACUUUUUAUAAAGGUGAGGCCUUAACCAACACUUCCCACCAGUUGGUGGCAUCUGAGCAGCAACAGGGACACAAUGCAGGCUACAGCACAAAGCAGUGGAUCUUGGGUUCAACUGCCUAUCUUGCUGGUUGUCUUAGUUGGUCUUCAUGGUUUCUCAUCCAAUCUAAAGUAGGCAAGAAGUAUCCAGCACUCUACUCUGGCACUGCAAUGAUAUUUUUCCUUAGUUUCCUUCAAGCAGCAAUAUUGAGUUUAGUCACAGAGAAGAGCUUCUCUGUGUGGGCUUUGAAAAGGAAGCUGGAGAUCAUUACCGUAAUCGUUUCGGGGAUAGCAGGAUCUGGUUUUGGCUUCUUGGCAAUGUCAUGGUGUGUGGAGAAGAGAGGCCCUGUCUUUACUGCUGCAUUCACUCCUCUCGUACAAAUUAUGGUGGCUGCCAUUGACUUCUCCAUCCUCCAUGAACCCCUUUACCUUGGAAGUGUUUUGGGGUCUAUUCUUGUGAUUGCAGGCCUCUAUUUUCUUUUGUGGGGAAAGACCAAGGAGGCCCGUAGUUCUGCAGCGAAGACGGUAGAAGAAAAUGGUGAACACCAAGUGCAACUGCAAACUGUAUGAUAGAACAGUAUCGUUUUGAAAGACCAAUAUCUUCUCCUUUUCUUUGAGUGUUUUGUUGAGAGUAGUAACACAUGUGUAUCGCUUAAUAGAAAUGAAGAAGGAAAGUUCUUCUUCCAUUUUAUU